CGACUCCUUCACAGCAACCACCGCCACAACAACAGAGACAUCCAUGUCCCGUUUGCGGCUCUACCUUUACAAGAUCACAACAUGUCGUCAGACACCUUCGAUCUCAUACUGGAGAGAGACCUUACAAGUGUAAGGAAUGCGGAGACUCGUUCGCAAGAAGACGUCCCGCCUCAUAGUGCAGGCGUUCCAACGAAAUCGUCCUCCAAACGUAAACCAUGCGAUCAGUGUGUUCAAAAUCGCACCAAAUGCGACACGAGCAUUCCAUGUGGAAAAUGCGUUUACCAUAACCUUGCGUGUUCUCGAGUUCCUGAUUCACUGGGUCGUGCGAAUGGAUCUGUAGGAGGACCGUCAUACGUUCCUAGUAGUAUUCCCUCAAGUCCAUACUACAACCAUCGAGGAGCGACCACGUCCGCUGCUUCACUACCGGAUUUGUCCUCGGAAGGACAUUAUCACCACUAUCGUUCAAGAAGGCUGAGUGAUGCAGGAUCGGCUUCUUCCCGUGCAUCAUACUCCACUUCAGGCUCUGUGGGCAACUUGGGGUUUGAUAGUGGCCUCCAACUCAAUCCGGCCACAACUAAUGUCUCACAUCAGAGUGGAUACAACGUGACGGACGCUACGCCACUCGCUUCUCAUCAAAGUCGAAACCCUCUUGAGACUUACGCAGCUGUGGCCGCGGCAACUGCAGCAUCGGCACCUUCCAAUCACCCCUAUGCUAACCUUUUGAAUCAACCCGGUGGCGUCGUUUCACCUGCUAAUUCAGGAGGUGUUAUGGACAUCAGCAGCAGCAACCUUCUCCCGUCACUAAUACUUCUUUACCGGGUAUCUCUUCGUUAGACGAUGGUACUACGAGAGACCACUCGACAAGUUAUGCAGGUGGUGGUAGUGGCGGUGCUCUGGGUGGGCAUUCCCUUCCACCUCCCCCGCCUCCGCGACCACUCUAUGCAUAUGGAUCUAGGGAUGGGACGAACACUGCUACGAGCGUGAGCAGCUCGACAAGGAGUGG